UCUUAAUCAUGGCUUCAUGUCUCAAUACCUCCAAAGCGACGAGACCCCACAGCAUGUCUAAUUGUGCCGUUCGAGGAACCUUCUAAUCCAACGGGACCAAAUACGAUCUCACGAGCAUCGACAAUACCGACCAAAAGCCAUGGGCGCAAGUUCUCCAGGGCCACUUCCCCUCCUCGUUUCAGGAUGGCUUCUCACGGGCAUCGCUGCUGUGGCCAUCAUUGCACGACUUUAUCUUCGCCUCAUAAUUCAGAAAAGGAAGUUGCUGUACAGUGAUUGGUUCAUUUGCGCAUCGUGGAUAUGUGGUACCAUAACGAAUGUGAUGAAUACCGAGUUGGCACACCUAGGCGCGUUUGACAAACACGUCAUGAUGACACUGGAUGGGUAUCGUGGAGAUCCCGACAACAUUGACAUGAUAAUCAAGUUGCUUGUGCUGUCACAUAUUCCGCUUUGGUCGACUUUUUACCUUUGCAAAGCAGCACUACUUGCAGCCUACUUACAAUUAUUCCUAGAAUUCAUGAAGAAACGAAAAAUCUUUCUGUGGGCGACAAUGGCCUACAACGUGGCAGCUUACCUUGCGAGCAUUAUUGUGCUACUCUGUGUCUGCGAACCUGAAGAUGAUUGGAGUCUAAGCCUUCCCGGAUCUUGUGCUAUUAAUUAUGGUGAAAGUAUCUUUCUCAUAUCCUGGGCCCUGCACUUCUUCGGGGACAUUCUGGUAUUUGCGCUUCCUUGGCUCAUUGUGCCAAGUAUGGGGUUGAAGACGUCAUUGAAAGUGGGAGUGUACUGCACAUUUCUCCUUGGAGGCAUUACCAUGAUAAUUUGCAUCGUCCGCCUCGUCACACUCGAGGCUUCAGAGGUUCGAAAUAAUCUCUCCUUAAGUUUGAUGGUACUUUGGAAUACCCUUGAAUGUGGUAUGGGCGUCAUUAUCGCCUGCCUACCAUCUCUCCGCCCGUACCUUCACGACAAAAAUGUCACAACGUCGGAAACCGUCAAGACUUCAUCUAGAACAUCGAAUCCCGGGCCUCGCUGCCAGUCCGGCUCUUAUUCAAGUACAGCAAGUCCCGAAGGCGUUUAGAGUGGAGCGAGUUUGUCCGCGAGCAAGAGUUGGGGGAAAUGGCACUUCAACUUACAAUAAUUCCAAAGGCUUUUAGAGAAGAAAUUCUACCCUAGUAGUUAAUAGAGUCGUAAGAUCAGUUAAAUUUAGCUUUCCAACUUGUA